CAAGGCUAAAUUCUUCAAACGUUGCCGCGCUCUCUCCGUACGCAUUUUCUCGUGUUUUCCCAGGAAAAACUAUGGAGGAUUUGUUUGAUGUUGAUAUCGUAAAGCUUAGUUAUGAUCUGUCUCGUAAUUCUGGUGGAGUUUACCUAGGUGUCGGUGUGAAUUAGAUUUAGGGCCCAACAAUUGUUGACAAUCUUUGGAAAAGCAGCUGAUCUGAAGCGAUGCUCCAACCUAGAAAAGAAAGUGCCAAGUUUCUCUACCACUCCACAGCAUGCCAGAUUGAACCACCGCCGAGCAACUGCGAUAAAAACACAACUUUGAACAUUUCCUGUGUGGAAGUCGGUAAAAAAUUCCUGGAAUACUACUGCGAACAGAAUCCCAACGUGACAGACAUUUUCACUUGCGUUUCUUGCGAUGAUCUAAACGUCACCAGGAGUGUGGAGGUGCGAAAUUUCAGUGACAGCAUUAGUGACUUCUCGUUGGCGAUUUCUAAUCGCGAGUGCAAUCUAGUGAACCAAAGUGAUAUUUUAUGGAUUUGCGGGUUGAAUAGGAGUGCGGAAAAAGUAUCAGUAGGCGUUGAAUAUGACUGGAGCUAUCUGUUCGUUGUUCUGUUCAUACUGGCUGGAGGAUUGGGGAACAUUUUAGUUUGUUUAGCUGUAAUUUUGGACAGGAGGUUACAGAAUGUGACUAAUUAUUUUCUUCUCUCCUUGGCCAUCGCGGACUUGCUGGUCAGUCUGUUUGUGAUGCCGCUAGGGGCGCUACCUGGAUUUUUGGGUAACUGGCCAUUUGGGAUGAUAUGGUGUAACGUCUACGUCACCUGCGAUGUACUUGCAUGUUCUGCAUCAAUCAUGCACAUGUGUUUCAUCAGUUUGGGCAGAUAUCUGGGUAUAAGAAAUCCCCUCAAAACGAGAAAUACAACUACCACAAGAACUGUCGUGUUCAGGAUAGCCCUUGCUUGGUUGCUGGCUAUGCUGGUGUCCAGUUCGAUAACAGUUUUGGGUAUAAUUAACCACGAAAAUAUCAUGCCCAAACCUGGAAGAUGCGUCAUCAACAACAGGGCCUUCUUCGUGUUUGGCUCACUGGUCACAUUUUACAUUCCAAUGGUGAUCAUGGUGACCACGUACGCGUUGACCGUUCAACUUCUUCGAAAGAAGGCCAGGUUCAACAUUGAACACCCUGAAAACGACCAGUUUAUCAGAAGGAUGGGAGGGAGGUACUACAAUCAGAAGCACGAAAGACCUGCCUCGGUAAUUUCAGGACAAUCGACCUGCAGGAGAACCACUGGUUCUGGUGAAAGGUUUUCGGGGUGUCAUAUGCGUUUGAGUGCUUCACACUCCCAGUUAUCGUUCGCGAAUGGGGGUAGAGAUCAUCAUGGUGGUGUUACUUCCAACGGUCGUUCUAGUCUACGAGACCAGAGCACACAGACACCAGAGAAUAUAGCGAAGGAAACUAGGAAUUAUAAGCUGAAGUCGCUGAAGUUACAACUGAACAAUGUUCCAACAAAUUUGACAAACUUCAGGCUUCUUGCCGGAAAGACGAAACGAAAAAAUUUCGCCGUAAACUCCGUGGCUACAGAGCAGAAAGCCUCCAAAGUUCUGGGACUGGUAUUCUUCACCUUCGUUUUCUGCUGGACGCCAUUCUUCAUCCUGAACAUCAUAUUCGCAGCAUGCCCCAAAUGCGACGUCCCUGAACAUAUUGUAGUGGUGUGUCUCUGGUUGGGCUACGUCAGCUCCACCCUCAACCCUAUCAUAUACACGGUGUUCAACAGGACUUUUCGUACGGCUUUCAUCAGAAUACUUGUCUGCAAGUGCCACAGGCUCUCAAGACCGAUACGAUACAGACCUGUGAGUGAAAAUAGGGGGACUGUGGGUAUAUGUACACCUUCUGCCCUGCCUCUCGCUAUCAGUCUGCAAGGGACACCUCUAAUCACCCCUGGUUCAUCAGAAUCAUCGUCCUACAUGGUCUGCAGGAGUAUAUCAUCCCAUCUGAGGGACAGAGACGAUAGCACAUUUGACGAUCAUAGUUGUUGAUGAUAUAAUUGUGAAUUUCGAGGAAUGUAUGUAGCACCUUCAACAAUCCUAUAUCCCCUUGGAAAAUUGGUCGAUUUUUCAAAAGUUCAAACAUCUCAAUCUCAGGUGUUUAAUGAAAAAUUAAGUGAAGAGUUAGUCACUGUUUUUGACCAAUCUGUUGGAAUUGAAAGUGUAAUACUGCCGCACAUCCAGUGUAGAAUCGAUUAAUGGAAUUUAGGAAGAUCUUUGUUGACGAAAAUCCAAUCAGUAUAGUUUCAUUCCCAAGAUCGCAUCUCUUUUGAGCUGUCUAGACUCUAGAGAGUAACAAAGUAGUAACAACAAAUUUUUUCAGAUGUCUCGUGUCCUUACUUCCCUCCCUGGAAACAACUAGUGGAAAUUGUUAGUUUUUAGGGCCAUUAUAUGUACCGUAAAACCCCCAAACUUAAUGACACACAAGGUAUUUUUGAUAGCUACAUUUUAUUGAAGAAACGAAUUUUUGUUUCCCUUCUUUUUCAGGUUUUCAGGAUUCUUAUCCUUAGAUUUUGAAUGAGUUACAGAGAGUUACAUAGUUGGAUGGUUUUACGGUACCUACUAGACAGUUUGAACAUGUUUUGACAUCGUGCGGUCACUCCAGUAGCACUUUUUCCCCCAAGAGUGGCCCAUUUUAAUAUUAAAUCCAAUUUUCUCGUCAAUUGUGUGAUAAAAGUGAACCAUGAGAAACCCAAACAUUUUUCAUGGCGAAUAAAGUUAGGUGAUUCAAGAAUAUGUUAUGAUUGUAUUGAAUGUGUGUGUGUAAGGAUGAAUUUAUUGUUUUUAAUAUUUAUAAAUAAAGUAUGAGAGAGA